UAAAUUAUACAUAAAUUAGUUUACUACUGCAUUCUAAACCAUUAUCUAUAUCAGUUGAAAUUGAAACAAGUAUAUCUAAAUAAAAUUUAUAAUUUUGAGAUAACUAAAAUUAGAUAGAAUAAAUAUUUAUUUAAGAUAAUUUAGAUUCACGGAGUUAGUUUGUGAAAAUAUAUUAAUUAAGUUUCAAAGAAUAUUAUACAACACAGCCAAAGCAUUUAUAAUUGAAGAGAUCUCAAAAUGUCAGGAAUUGAUUUGAAAAGUCUCGAAGACUCUUUGGAAAAAUACAUUCCAGAAAAUGAGCUGAAAGAAGUGAAACGUAUCAUUUAUGGGCGAGCUGACGAUCAUGAAUUGAAAGUAUGUGAAAAUGCAAAGAAAAUAUCAGCGGAAAACAACUUCGAAAUUAAGGCGUACUCAUUUCCUGCGAAAAAAGAAGAUUUGAGACAACCGCGUUUGGUGAGAAUUGGUGCAAUUCAGAAUAGUAUUGUUCUACCAACAACUGAUCCGAUCGAAAAACAACGUAAAGCUAUUCACGAGAAGAUUGUUACAAUUAUCAAAGCAGCCGGUGAAGCUGGCGUGAAUGUUCUGUGCACUCAGGAAGCAUGGACUAUGCCAUUUGCCUUCUGCACUCGUGAAAAGUUCCCCUGGUGCGAAUUUGCCGAAGAAGCUGAAACUGGUCCCACCACCAAACUUCUCUCCGAAUUGGCCAAAGCCUAUAACAUGGUCAUUAUUUCAUCGAUUCUCGAACGUGAUACAAAUCAUGGUGAUACAAUUUGGAAUACAGCUGUUGUCAUUUCCAAUAAAGGACGUUACAUGGGUAAACAUCGAAAAAAUCACAUCCCACGAGUAGGUGAUUUUAAUGAAUCCACAUAUUAUUUCGAGGGCAAUACUGGUCAUCCUGUUUUUGAAACAGAAUUUGGAAAAAUUGCCAUCAAUAUUUGUUAUGGUCGUCAUCAUCCACAAAAUUGGAUGAUGUUUGGUUUGAAUGGUGCCGAAAUUGUAUUCAAUCCAUCGGCAACAGUUGGACAGCUAAGUGAACCUUUGUGGGGUAUUGAGGCUCGAAAUGCAGCCAUAGCUAAUAGUUACUUCACAGUGGCUAUAAAUCGUGUGGGAACUGAGGAAUUUCCAAAUGAAUUUACAUCGGGUGAUGGUAAAAAUGCACACAAAGAAUUCGGCCCGUUUUAUGGAUCAACUUAUGUUGCUGCUCCUGAUGGCUCAAGGACACCAGGUCUUUCAAGAACUAGUGAUGGACUUUUGAUUGCAGAAGUGGAUUUGAAUCUUUGUCGGCAGGUCAAAGACUUUUGGGGAUUUAGGAUGACACAGCGAUUGCCCUUGUAUGCAGAGUCAUUUGCAAAGGCUUCAGAGCUAGAUUUUAAGCCACAAGUGAUUAGGGAAUGAGACUUCAAUUAAGAGAAAAAUAUUGUGUCGUUUUAGAUUUUACAAAAUAUAGAAAUAAUUUAUGUGCGUCAAAGGUUUAUGGAA